UCAUUUAAUUAUCUUUUAAUCGAGUUAUUGUCGUGUGAUAAUAAAGAUUUUAAUAAUUUAUAUAUCUUUAGACAGCAACCAGUGAAUUGUGCGAAUAAUCAGUACAGUUUGCUAACUUAAUUUCAAGAUAAAUAAAAAGAAACCACAUACUGAAAUUGACAACUAAAGGAGGUAUUUUCAAAGUAACUACUACUAUCCAAUUUUUUUCAUUAUUGUCGAUCCUUGUGUAGUGUUGGACUUGAUGAAAUAAUUGCCCUAUUCACUAGAAUUGAAAAAUUGAUAAAUAAUUCAAAAUGAUACAAUAUAUUUUGAUAUUUUUUUUAUUGGGAAAACAGUCGAAUGCUUUAUCAGAACGAGGACUGACUAAUACAAAGUCAGGUUUUUUUGAACUGUCUAUUAUUCAUUUCAAUGAUUUUCACGCCAGAUUUGAAGAAGUAAGUCCUACUGCAAGUUCCUGCCAUAGAUCUUCGGACAAAAUAUGUGUAGGAGGACUUUCAAGAAUUUCUACAGCGGCUAAACAAUUACUGCGGGAUCGUCCCAAUUCAAUCUUUCUUAAUGCUGGGGACAAUUAUCAAGGAACACUUUGGUAUAAUGUUCAUCGUUGGAACGCUACUAUUACGCUCUUAAAUAUGCUUCCGCAAGAUGCCAUGACUAUUGGUAAUCAUGAGUUUGAUGAUGGAAUUGCGGGCCUUGUACCAUACUUGAAGAAUGCUAAAGCUCCUGUUGUUGUCACUAACAUUGAUACGACUCAUGAACCAUCCAUGCAGAACUUAAUGAAAAAUAGUACUAUUAUUAUUCGGGGAGGAAGGAAAAUUGGAAUUAUUGGCGUUCUCAUUAAAACUACACCGGAACUUUCAAGAAGUGAGAAAUUAAUUUUUUUAGAUGAAAUUGAAACUGUGAACUUAGAGGCUCAAAAAUUGAAGAAAGAAGGGAAUGUUGAUAUAAUAAUUGUUUUAAGCCACUGUGGUCUGGAAAUAGAUAAAAAAAUGGCAAACCAUUGUCCUUUAGUAGAUGUCAUUGUUGGCGGACAUUCUCAUACGUUUUUGUAUUCUGGAAAACCUCCGUUUAUCGAUCAUCCUGAAGACGAGUAUCCAGUUGUCGUAACUCAAGAAAAAAGCAAUAGAAAAGUUCUUGUUGUUCAAGCAGCUGCAUUUUCCAAAUACUUGGGCAAUAUGACAGUUUGGUUUGAUGAAAAAGGUGAAGUUCAAGAAUGGGAGGGAAAUCCAAUUCUCUUGGAUGAAUCGAUUGAAGAGGAUCCCGAAAUGCUGAAAGCUUUGGAGCCAUGGAAAGCUCAAGUUGAUGAGAUUGGUAAAAAAGUGAUAGGACGAUCAAAAGUUGAAUUAAAAAGGGAUUGUCGAGUGGGAGAAUGUAAUAUUGGAAACAUGAUAACGGAUGCGAUGGUAGAUUUUUAUGUAAAUCGUCCCGAAAAUGAAAGUUUUUGGACUUAUGCUGCAAUCGCUGUAACGAAUGGUGGUGGUGUGAGAAGUUCUAUUGAUAAUCUAUCAGGAAAUAUUACUUAUGGAGAUUUAAUCAUGAGCACACCUUUUGAAAAUACUUGGGACGUUGUUGAGUUAAAAGGGAGCGAUAUUCGUCAGACUUUAGAAAUAAGUGUAGCAUUGACAACUCAAUCAAAGUGGAACGGAUAUUCAUUUUUAAUCUGGUCUGGCCUUAAAGUUGUUUAUGAUAUGUCUAAAGAGCCAUAUUCAAGAGUGGUUGAUGUUAAAGUCAAGUGCAGAAAAUGUGAUAUACCAAUGUAUGAAAAUUUAAAAGACAAUGAAUGGUAUCGUGUUAUUGUACCUACAUUUCUUAUUCGUGGUGGAGAUGGUCACUAUAUUAUUGAACAAAAACACAAAAGCCACGAAGUCGGAUUUCGAGACAUUGAUAUUCUUGCCAAGUAUGUCAAAAAAAUGAGUCCCAUAAUGUAUGGAAAAGAAGGAAGAAUUAAAUUCAUUGGAAAGUGAUGUGAAAUUAGUACAAUCAAAAACUUAGAGAAAUAAACAAAAAACAAUCGUAACGAAUUAUAAAAUGUGCCAGUGUCGUGCAAAUUAUUUCACAAAUUUAUUGAUCGUAAGAAGAAUAUUAUUUUUUAUAUAUGUAGAAUACUCUUUAAAAAAUAUUAUUUAUAGUUUAUUAGCUAUUAAUUAACUUUUAGAAAUUCAACGAAAGUUAUAAUUUUGUUCACUAUUCAUUUAAAAAUUUAACACGUAAACAUGAAUCAGUGCCAUUUAAAAUAUAAUUCUAUUCAAAUUGUAAAAAACUACCAAUACGAGAUUAGAAUUCAGAAAUGGAGAAAUGAUUGAUUACACAUGAAUUUCGAAUACAUGUUAAUUAACUAAAACUCUAAGAUUCUUAAUUUAUACACCUUUGAUUUAAUCAAAACAUUCGUACUGCUUUGUUACUCUGGUAGACAAACAGUUGAACCAAUGUAUCUGUUCAAUUUUAUGACUCUGAGAUUACCUCAGUUAAUUGUAAUUAAGUAGUUUAAAUAACGAUGAAAAAAAUCUUUAUUAUCUCACAAUGAUGUUUUGAAUUAAUAUUCAAAAUUACAAUACAAACGAGUGAAUAAAUA